AUGUAUCUCCGCGCAGUCCACGCAGAAAACAGCAUCCCGGCUCUUCGCCAGCUCAUCAAGGAAUAUCCCCUCGGGGUCCUGACCACGGCCAUCCCCUCGGCAACCCAGCCUUUUAUCCAGUCCAGCCACAUCCCGUGGGUGCUUGACGUCCAGGAUGACUCCAGCGAGACCGAGCUCGGCGUCCUGAGGGGCCACAUCGCGCGCGCCAACCCCCAGAGCAAGACCAUGAUCGAGUCGUUGUCGGCGGAGAACCGCGCCGGGACCGGGGACGUCCUCGACCAGGAGGUGCUGGUCCUCUUCACGGCCCCGACGCACCACUACGUGACGCCCAAGUUCUACACCGAGACCAAGCCGACCACAGGCAAGGUCGUGCCGACCUGGAACUACGCCGCCGUGCAGGCCUACGGGCGCGCCAGGAUCUACUACGAGGCCAAGUCCGAGGAGACGUCCGGCUUCCUGGCCCGCCAGAUCCACGACCUCUCCCAGCUCGGGGAGAUGUCCGUCAUGGGAUACACGGGCGAGGGCGGCCGCCCGGGGCCGUGGAAGGUGACGGACGCCCCCGAGCGGUACGUCGAGCUCUCGAGGAUGGCCAUCGUCGGCAUCGAGAUCACCAUCGACAGGCUCCAGGGCAAGUUCAAGAUGAGCCAGGAGCUGGGCGAGGGCGACCGUCGGGGAGUCGUCGAGGGGUUCAAGGCGCUGGGGUCCGAUGUGGGCGGCAAGAUGUCCGACCUGGUGCGGGAGCGCGGUGAAAUGAAGCAGAAGUUUAAGCAAUGA